UCUUAAGGCUCCGACCACAGACUGCGGAGUGGGUCCAAGGCUGCAAGGGCUGCUCCAAGUCCUAGCGGGUUUCGACCCGCGUGUCCGGCUCCGCCAGCUAGUGCGCUUUCCCGACUUACCGCUGGGUGCGCGGGGCUGGGGGUGUGAGGACCACCCCUGAGGUCUCUUCCUGGGUGACCUCCUGGGCCUCAUUCUAGGCCUCCUGGAAGAGGAUCUAAAUUAGGAAAAGGAACUACCCUUAUCCAGGACCAAGCUCUUCUACCUACGAAGCUCGCUUAAUCUGCACCUCAACUGGGCAGGAAGUGACUCCCCUGUUUACUGAGGAUAAACUGGGGCUGAGAAAGGUGAAGUCAUUUGCCAUGGGCCAUGCAGCUGGGAAGUGACAGAUCUGGAUUCAAGAUACCAUUGAGUAGUUUGAAGCAGGAACAAAAUCUUCCAAAAGCUCAGAGCAGAAGCCUUUUUGGUCAACAUGGAGGAAAAAAGACGGCGAGCCCGAGUUCAGGGAGCCUGGGCUGCCCCUGCUAAGAGCCAGGCCAUUGCUCAGCCAGGCAAGAAAGCUACCACUGCUAAGAGCCCUCUCCACCAGACCUGGAAGAACAAAGAGCAUCAUCUCUCUGAUAGAGAGUUUGUGUUCAAAGAACCCCAGCAGGUAAUACGUAGAGCUCCAGAGCCACGAGUGAUUGACAGAGCGGGUGUGUAUGAAAUCAGCCUGUCACCCACAGGUAUAUCUAGGCUCCAUUUGUAUCCUGGCUUUGUUGAUGUAAAAGAAGCUGACUGGAUGUUGGAACAGCUUUGUCAAGAUGUGCCCUGGAAACAGAGGACCGGCAUCAGAGAGGAUAUAACUUAUCAGCAACCAAGACUUACAGCAUGGUAUGGAGAACUUCCUUACACUUAUUCAAGAAUCACUAUGGAACCAAAUCCUCACUGGCAUCCUGUGCUGCGCACACUGAAGAGCCGCAUUGAAGAGAACACCGGCCACACCUUCAACUCCUUACUCUGCAACCUUUACCGAAAUGAGAAGGACAGCGUGGACUGGCACAGCGAUGAUGAACCUUCACUAGGGAGGUGCCCCAUCAUUGCUUCACUCAGUUUUGGUGCCACACGCACAUUUGAGAUGAGAAAGAAGCCACCACCAGAAGAGAAUGGAGACUACACAUAUGUGGAAAGAGUGAAGAUACCCUUAGAUCACGGGACCUUGUUAAUCAUGGAAGGAGCGACGCAAGCCGACUGGCAGCAUCGAGUGCCCAAAGAGUACCACUCUAGAGAACCAAGAGUGAACCUGACCUUUCGGACAGUCUAUCCAGGCCCCCGAGGGACACCCUGGUGACGUCAGAGUCUUGAGAGAGAAGCUUCACUGAGACGGAGCAAACCUUCCACUGAGAAGUGACUUCAAGAGGCUGGUGCUGCUAGAUCUCGGGGCAUGGCUGUUGGGAAGAUGGUGGGGUUUGUUUCCCAGCUGGAGUCCUAUUAAAUGACAGCCAGUAAUUCACAUUGGUAAUGGGUCUACCGUGGGAACAGUUAUCCCUAAUCACAGCUCAAAAUCGCUGUCAUCUUUAGGCAAAUUAAAAUCCACGUGACAGUGUUCA